CCCGGCAGGCUCGAACAGAGAAAACCGGUUGAGCCACAAUGGAGAUGUUUUCUUCCCGUGAUAGUCCGGUGCCUAGCAGGUGAUUAGCACAGUGAAGCUCCUCCUCUGCCUGCUACGUUAGAGACAAACCUGGAGAACUGCACAUUAAGACAAGGGAUUUUGCAGGACAUAACCUAUCAAAAUGGAUACUUCCAGACUUCCUAAGAUCCAGGAUGAGGAGCGAGAAAGCCAGUUUGGAUACGUACAUGGAGUUUCUGGACCAGUGGUGACAGCUACUGCGAUGGCAGGAGCAGCCAUGUACGAGCUGGUUCGUGUAGGUCACAGUGAGCUGGUGGGAGAAAUCAUCCGUUUAGAGGGCGACAUGGCAACUAUCCAAGUCUAUGAGGAGACUUCUGGUGUGUCAGUCGGUGACCCUGUCCUUCGGACAGGAAAACCCCUCUCCGUGGAGCUGGGACCAGGAAUCAUGGGCUCCAUCUUUGACGGUAUCCAGCGUCCACUAAAAGACAUCAAUGACCUCACUCAAAGCAUCUACAUCCCAAGAGGAGUAAACAUUAGUGCUCUUAACAAAGACAUCAAAUGGGAAUUUACCCCCGGCCAGAGUCUUCGGGUUGGCAGUCACGUGACAGGCGGUGACAUCUACGGCAUGGUGUUUGAAAACUCUUUAAUCAAGCACAAGCUGAUGCUUCCACCUCGCAACAGAGGCACUGUCACCUACCUGGCCCCGCCUGGAAACUAUGACAUUUCUGAUGUGGUUCUGGAGCUCGAAUUUGAAGGCGUAAAAGAGAAGUUCACCAUGGUGCAGGUUUGGCCAGUACGACAAAUCCGCCCAGUCACAGAGAAGCUACCUGCUAAUCACCCGCUGCUGACCGGUCAGAGAGUUCUGGACGCACUUUUCCCUUGUGUGCAGGGGGGCACCACUGCUAUACCAGGCGCCUUUGGAUGUGGAAAGACUGUGAUCUCGCAGUCCUUGUCCAAGUACUCCAACAGCGACGUGAUUGUUUAUGUGGGCUGCGGCGAGCGUGGAAAUGAAAUGUCUGAGGUGCUGCGGGAUUUCCCCGAGCUUACUAUGGAGGUUGAUGGCAAGGUGGAAAGCAUCAUGAAGAGAACCGCGCUAGUUGCUAAUACAUCCAACAUGCCUGUGGCUGCCAGAGAGGCCUCAAUUUAUACAGGUAUCACACUGUCCGAAUACUUCAGAGAUAUGGGCUACAAUGUGAGCAUGAUGGCCGACUCGACAUCUCGAUGGGCCGAAGCUCUGAGAGAAAUCUCUGGAAGAUUAGCCGAAAUGCCUGCUGACAGUGGGUAUCCUGCUUACCUGGGCGCCAGGCUCGCCUCCUUCUAUGAGCGUGCCGGACGCGUGAAGUGCCUGGGAAAUCCAGAGAGAGAAGGCAGCGUUAGCAUCGUAGGAGCUGUGUCCCCCCCUGGUGGAGAUUUCUCAGACCCUGUCACUUCAGCCACACUGGGAAUUGUUCAGGUGUUCUGGGGAUUGGACAAGAAGCUGGCUCAGAGAAAGCACUUCCCUUCUGUAAACUGGCUGAUUAGCUACAGCAAGUACACGCGUGCUCUGGAUGAAUAUUACGACAAACAUUUCCCUGAGUUUGUUCCUCUCCGCACUAAAGCCAAGGAGAUUCUGCAGGAGGAGGAGGACCUGGCUGAAAUUGUGCAGCUUGUAGGCAAGGCUUCUCUUGCUGAGUCUGAUAAAAUCACUCUAGAGGUUGCGAAGCUCCUUAAGGACGACUUCCUGCAGCAGAACGGUUAUACUCCCUACGACAGGUUUUGCCCCUUCUACAAAACUGUUGGCAUCCUCUCAAACAUGAUUUCUUUCUACGACAUGGCCCGACACGCUGUGGAGUCCACAGCGCAGACUGACAACAAAAUCACCUGGGCCAUGAUCAAGGAGCACAUGGGAGAGACCCUGUACAAAAUCAGCUCCAUGAAGUUCAAGGACCCUGUUAAGGAUGGCGAAGCUAAGAUUAAAGCAGAGUUCGCACAGCUGCUGGAGGACAUGCAAAACUCCUUCCGGACCCUGGAGGAAUGAGAUUUCUUCCCCCCUCAGUUCCUCUCCCAAACAUCCAAACCCCCCAGUG